CUGUGCACAUUUCCUGAAUUGGCGCCUCCAGUGAAUAUGUUAAAAGCAAACGCUUUCACGUGGGUUUCUAAAUUAAAUGCCAUUAAUAAUAAAUGAAGAAAAUUAACUGACUCUAAACUGUUGCCAUUUGUCGUGAGUGCAUGUGUUUAUCUACGCGGCAAAGAAAUAGUCAACAAUAACGGCAGAUCUUGGAAGUGAAUUACAAGUGCCGCGUGUUCAGCCUGUUCUAAAAGCUGGCAAAUACCAUAUUUAAGUUUAACGUGAACUGUUAUUAAUAUGAAGUACAUUUUGGUUACUGGCGGUGUGAUAAGCGGUGUUGGCAAGGGCGUCAUCGCCUCUUCCUUCGGUACACUGCUUAAGUCCUGCGGCUUGGAUGUUACUUCCAUAAAAAUUGAUCCAUAUAUUAAUAUCGACGCGGGCACAUUUUCGCCGUACGAACAUGGUGAGGUCUACGUGCUUGAAGAUGGAGCCGAGGUCGAUCUAGAUCUGGGUAACUACGAACGCUUUCUUGAUAUAACGUUGCACCGGAACAAUAACAUAACAACCGGCAAAAUUUACAGGCUCGUCAUCGAGAAGGAGCGCAGAGGCGACUACCUAGGCAAGACAGUGCAGGUUGUGCCGCAUAUAACAGAUGCCAUACAGGAAUGGGUGGAGAGCGUCGCCCAAACGCCUGUCCAGGGAUCAUCCAAGCCGCAGGUGUGCAUCAUUGAGCUUGGCGGCACCAUUGGCGACAUUGAGGGCAUGCCGUUUGUCGAAGCCUUUAGACAGUUUCAGUUUCGCGUAAAACGCGAGAAUUUCUGCUUGGCACAUGUGUCGCUGGUGCCGCUGCCGAAGGCCACCGGCGAACCAAAAACAAAACCCACACAGAGCUCCGUGCGGGAGUUGCGUGGCUGUGGCUUGAGCCCGGAUCUUAUUGUAUGUCGCUCUGAGAAGCCAAUCGGCCUGGAGGUAAAGGAGAAGAUCAGUAAUUUCUGUCACGUGGACCCAGACCAAGUUAUAUGCAUACACGACCUAAGUUCCAUAUACCAUGUGCCACUCCUGAUGGAACAGAACGGUGUCAUCGAGUUCCUCAACGAGCGGCUCAAGCUGAGCAUCGAUAUGAGCAAACGGGCCAAGUGCUUACAGCAUUGGCGGGAUUUGGCCAGGCGUACGGAAACUGUGCGCCGCGAGGUCAACAUAGCUAUUGUAGGCAAGUACACCAAGUUUACGGACUCGUACGCAUCCGUGGUGAAGGCGGUGCAGCAUGCUGCGUUGGCCGUAAAUCGCAAACCGAACUUGAUAUUCAUCGAGUCGUGCCUGCUGGAGCAGGAGACACUGCAGCGGGAGCCUUCCAAGUACCACAAGGAGUGGCAAAAGUUAUGCGAAAGCAACGGCAUACUCGUGCCUGGAGGCUUUGGAGCACGCGGCAUGGAAGGAAAGAUACGCGCCUGCCAGUGGGCGCGCGAGAAUCACAAACCCUUUUUGGGUAUUUGUCUGGGUCUGCAGGCGGCGGUUAUAGAGUUUGCACGCAACGUGCUGAGCCUCCAGGAUGCCAACAGCACGGAGAUAAACCCCGAAACAACCAAUCCAUUGGUUAUUGACAUGCCCGAGCAUCACAUGGGUCAAAUGGGCGGCACAAUGCGGCUGGGCAAGCGCACCACAAUAUUUUCCGAACAGACGAGCACCAUUCGCAAGCUCUAUGGAAAUCCUAAGACAGUGGAUGAGCGACACAGACAUCGAUACGAGGUUAAUCCCCAGUAUGUAUCGCAACUAGAAAGCCACGGUAUGAGAUUCGUGGGCAUGGACAAGGACAAGAAACGCAUGGAGAUAAUCGAGCUGCGGGAUCAUCCAUACUUUGUGGCUACUCAGUACCACCCGGAGUACUUGUCGAGGCCACUGAAGCCCUCGCCGCCGUUCUUGGGUCUUAUUUUAGCAUCCGAGGGUAGACUUAAGUCCUAUAUAGAUCGUGGCUGCCGCUUGUCCCCUCGUCAGCUGUCUGACGCGUCUUCCGACGAGGAUGAAAUAGUAAAUAGCAAGAGCAGCCCCUGCAAAGAAAUUCAAUCUCAGCCCAAACUUGUGAAUGGAAAUGGGUUUGCUGGUGACAAAAAUUCAGAUGAUGAGCACGCCUGCCCCGAAGAAGAGGGAGCCUGUGGUGGAAUUGGCGCCUAAUCUUUUUGAAGACAACACCGAAAAAGGCGGAGCCUGAGGUGCGUUUAGCGUUUAAUCUUUUUGAAGACAUGAUUUUCUUCGAAAAUGUAACUAAAAGGUCUUAUAUACGAUUUUUCGAUAUAAUAUGGAACUAUAAUUAA